GGUAUUGAUUUUCAGUCCUGGAGCGUUGGUUGCCCGCGAGCAAGAGGAAAGGGGCCUGGAUCUGUACGAUGCAGGGACGACCACCUUCCAUACCAGCGACGCACUGGGCCUGAUCGGCUCCAGGUGCGUCAUGGUCACUGGCCAGGUCACCGAUGAGGUCCUGGGCGAGUUUGCGGCAGCUGAGACUGCAGAUGAAGCCAAGGAGGUCCUGGCUCAGGCAGGUGCUGGCCUCCAGCACUUCGGCGAUGUCUCUGCCGUGGUGCCGGACUACAAGAUCGCACGACGGCAUCGCGGCCGAAAGGCAGCACACGACCUUCUGGACAUCACAUUGAUAAACGAGGUGCAGGGAGGCGAGGGCCAGUAUUUGUACGAGCCUGAUCCGGAGUCGCCCACGGGCCAGGCGCUCCAGAUGGACCGCUGGAGGACCGCAGACCCCAACUUCGAGCGGGUCGUCUACGUACCGUUCGUGCCAGACACAAUUGCACGGGUGGAUGCAGACAGGACAGGGAGCACAGCCUUGGGCCCGGAGAGAAGCUCAUUUACUCCUAAGACGGCCUUCACUUGCCGAAAGCGUAUUGUGGACGAGCGCGGACUUCUCGUCAUCCCUCGUGGACCUUUCGUCAAGGCACUUCUGCCUCCGGAAGGCAAGUCCCAUGCGCUCCGUCGCCGCGAUGGAAAGCGCCUGCCACUUCACGGCCGGGAGCCAGACUGCAUCGAAGAGUCAUGCGCAGCUCCCUGGCAGGUUCACCCAGAGACAAGCCCUGGGGUUCCAAAGCCACCAAUCCACAGGCCUUUCGGCGGCUUGGACCGUCUGGACAGCGCCAAGAAUCGAUUCAAGCGCUACUUCAAGGAAGAGGGCGUGAGAAUGUGA